UUCUGCUGUAGUGACAUUUUGGAUCAGAAAUUUUCUUAUCGUGUGGAGUUACCCUGCAUGUAGCAGAAACUUUAGUAACAUCCCAGGUUCCCAUUAGAUACGAGUAGUACCCUUCUCCUAGUUGCGACAUACAAAAUGUCUCAUGAUUGAUAAAUGUUCUUUGGGGAGCAAAUUUUAUCCAGCUGAUAACAAGUUAGAUUUCUUUUUCUUUCCCUCUUUCCUUCUCUCUCUUUCUAUCUUCAUGUGCCUAUGCUUUAUUUGAGGGAGGUGGGAUUAAUUUCAAAUAACUGUAUUGGAGGGUUUGAAAUUAUCUUAUUCAUUUAGCAUAUUGCCUUUGUGUGCUAAAAAUCCACCAGAUGCUACUACAUAAAAGCUAUUGACAAUGCUGAUGUCUCUACCCAGAACAGGUUUUCUGGUAGACCUAGAUGGAGAAACACAAUCUAACAGUGCUGAACGAAUUCAUUCUGACGGGAAUCACAGACCGCCCAGAGCUGCAGGCUCCAUUGUUCGGGCUGUUCCUCAUCGUUUACAUGAUCUCAGUGGUGGGCAACGUGGGCAUCAUCAUCCUCACCAAGAUCGACUCCAAGCUACAAACUCCCAUGUACUUUUUCCUCAGACACCUGGCUAUCACUGAUCUUGGUUAUUCAACAGCUGUGGGACCCAAAAUGUUAGUCAAUUUUAUUGUGAACGAGAACACUAUCUCCUAUUAUUUUUGUGCUACACAGCUAGCUUUCUUUAUUGUGUUCAUAACUAGUGAGCUUUUCAUUCUGUCAGCAAUGUCUUACGACUGCUAUGUGGCCAUCUGUAACCCUCUGCUCUACACAGUCAUCAUGUCACAAAGGGCAUGUUGGGUGCUGGUAGCAAUCACCUAUCUCUACAGCACAUAUGUUUCUUUUCUCAUCAGCAUAAAGAUUUUUAGUUUAUCCUUCUGUGGCUACAAUGUCAACAGUCAUUUCUACUGUGACAUUCCCCCCUUGUUCUCUUUGGUCUGCUCAAACACACAUGAAAUUGAACUGAUUAUUCUCAUCUUAUCAACUUUUGAUUUGAUUUCAUCCCUCCUAAUAGUUCUUGUAGCUUACCUACUUGUUUUUGUAGCCAUUCACAGGAUGAACUCAGCUGAGGGCAGGCACAAGGCCUUCUCCACCUGUGGAUACCACCUGACCGUGGUGGUCGUGUUCUAUGGGACUUUAAUCUUUAUAUACAUGCAGCCCAAGUCCAGUCAUUCCUUUGACACUGAUAAAGUGGCUUCCAUAUUUUGCACUCUGGUUAUUCCCAUGUUGAAUCCCUUGAUUUAUAGCUUGAGGAACAAAGACAUAAAAUAUGCCCUACAUAGAAUAUGGAAAAAAAUAUGUAAUAUCUGUUCCAUACUUUGA